AUGCAGCCCCUGGGCACUGGGGAAGCAGAGCGGAGGCGGCGCGGGGAGUGCGCUGAGCGGGAGGAGGUGGAUGGUGGAGCCCGUGGGGAAGGUGCCAUCUUCGAGGAGAAUGCGGCCAAGGACGACAGGGUGUUCCAGCUGGCCAUAUCUGACUUGAGCCUCAACGAUGACAUCCUGCAGAGCGAGAAGAUCACCUACUCCAUCAAGGUCAUCGAGGCCAACAACCCGUUUCAGGCCGUGCAGGAAGCCUGUGACCUCAUGACCCAGGGGAUUUUGGCUUUGGUCACAUCCACUGGCUGUGCGUCUGCCAACGCCCUGCAGUCCCUCACCGACGCGAUGCACAUCCCACACCUCUUUGUCCAGCGCAACCCAGGAGGGUCACCACGCACUGCCUGCCACCUGAACCCCAGCCCCGAAGGGGAGGCCUACACGCUGGCCUCGAGGCCGCCUGUGCGCCUCAACGACGUCAUGCUCAGGCUGGUGACCGAGCUGCGCUGGCAGAAGUUCGUCAUGUUCUACGACAGUGAGUACGAUAUCCGUGGUCUCCAAAGCUUUCUGGACCAGGCCUCGCGGCUGGGCCUUGAUGUCUCUUUACAAAAGGUGGACAAGAACAUCAGCCACGUGUUCACCAGCCUCUUCACCACCAUGAAGACGGAGGAGCUGAAUCGCUACCGGGACACGCUGCGCCGCGCCAUCCUGCUGCUCAGCCCGCAGGGGGCCCACUCCUUCAUCAACGAGGCCGUGGAGACCAACCUGGCUUCCAAGGACAGCCACUGGGUCUUCGUCAAUGAGGAAAUCAGUGACCCGGAGAUUCUGGAUCUGGUCCACAGCGCCCUGGGCAGGAUGACCGUGGUCCGACAGAUAUUCCCGGCUGCCAAGGACAACCAGAAAUGCACGAGGAACAACCACCGCAUCUCCUCCCUGCUGUGUGACCCCCAGGAGGGCUACCUCCAGAUGCUGCAGAUCUCCAACCUCUACCUGUAUGACAGCGUGCUGAUGCUGGCCAACGCCUUCCACAGGAAGCUGGAGGACAGGAAGUGGCACAGCAUGGCCAGCCUCAACUGCAUCCGCAAGUCCACCAAGCCAUGGAACGGCGGGCGGUCCAUGCUGGACACGAUCAAAAAGGGUCACAUCACCGGCCUCACAGGGGUGAUGGAGUUUCGGGAGGAUCGCUCGAACCCCUAUGUCCAGUUUGAAAUCCUCGGCACAACCUACAGCGAGACCUUCGGCAAAGACAUGCGUAAGCUGGCGACGUGGGACUCGGAGAAGGGCCUGAACGGCAGCCUGCAGGAGAGGCCCAUGGGCAGCCGCCUCCAGGGACUGACUCUCAAAGUGGUGACUGUCUUGGAGGAGCCUUUUGUGAUGGUGGCCGAGAACAUCCUCGGGCAGCCCAAGCGCUACAAAGGCUUCUCCGUGGACGUCCUGGAUGCGCUGGCCAAGGCCCUGGGCUUCAAGUAUGAGAUCUACCAGGCCCCUGACGGCGGGUAUGGCCACCAGCUCCACAACACCUCCUGGAACGGCAUGAUCGGGGAGCUCAUCAGCAAGAGAGCAGACGUGGCCAUCUCUGCCAUCACCAUCACCCCGGAGAGGGAGAGUGUGGUGGACUUCAGCAAGCGGUACAUGGACUACUCGGUGGGGAUCCUACUCAAGAAGCCCGAGGAGAAGAUCAGCAUCUUCUCUCUCUUUGCUCCGUUUGACUUUGCGGUCUGGGCCUGCAUCGCGGCAGCCAUCCCUGUGGUUGGCGUGCUGAUAUUCGUGUUGAACCGGAUGCAGGCCGUGACGGCUCAGGCUACUGCCCAGCCUCGGCCAUCCGCGUCUGCCACCUUGCACAGUGCCAUCUGGAUCGUCUAUGGAGCCUUCGUACAACAAGGUGGCGAGUCCUCCGUGAACUCCGUGGCCAUGCGCAUCGUGAUGGGCAGCUGGUGGCUCUUCACCCUCAUCGUGUGCUCCUCCUACACGGCCAACCUCGCUGCCUUCCUCACAGUGUCCAGGAUGGACAGCCCCAUAAGGACGUUCCAGGACCUGUCCAAGCAGGUGGAGCUGCCCUACGGCACGGUGCGCGGCUCGGCUGUGUACGAGUACUUCCGGGCCAAGGGCACCAACCCCCUGGAGCAGGACAGCACGUUUGCCGAGCUCUGGCGGACCAUCAGCAAGAACGGGGGCGCCGACAACUGCGUGUCCAGCCCCUCGGAAGGCAUCAGGAAGGCAAAGAAGGGGAACUACGCCUUCCUGUGGGACCUGGCGGUGGUGGAGUACGCGGCCCUGACCGACGACGACUGCGCGGUGACCGUGGUCAGCAACAGCGUCAGCAGCAAGGGCUACGGCAUCGCCCUGCAGCACGGCAGCCCCUACCGGGACCUCUUCUCCCAGAGAAUCCUGGAGCUGCAAGACACCGGGGACCUGGACGUGCUGAAGCAGAAGUGGUGGCCGCGCACAGGCCGCUGCGACCUCACCAGCCACGCCGGCGCCCAGGCCGACGGCAGGGCCCUCAAGCUGCACAGCUUCGCCGGCGUCUUCUGCGUCCUGGCUGUCGGCCUCCUCCUCGCCUGCCUGGUGGCCGCCCUGGAGCUGUGGUGGACCAGCAACCGGUGCCGCCAGGAGACCCCCAAAGAGGACAAGGAGGUGAACCUGGAGCAGGUGCAUCGGCGCAUGAACAGCCUCCUGGAUGAGGACGUCGCUCACAAGCAGAUCUCCCCGGCGUCCAUCGAGCUCUCGGCCCUGGAGAUGGGGGGGCUGGCGCCCGGCCAGGCCCUGGAGCCCACGCGGGAGUACCCGAACCCCCAGCUCUCGGUCAGCAUCUCUCUAGCAUCAGAGCGUAGGAGGGAGCGGCGCACGCUGGAUGCCGGGGGCCUGCCCGGCUUAGCCGGAGGAGCAGCUCCACGCCUUUCCAGCAGCACGGGGGCCUGCCCGAUGGCAGCUGCUGGGAAGUCGAGCUCGGAGAGGCGCCUGUCCCGCGGGGGCCUUGGAGGAGGCGUGUGGGGUCCAGGUGGGCAGAGUGCGGAGCCCGUGCUUCUGCCCAGGACCCAGCACUAG